AUGGCACUCUUUCAGGCAAUACUAGCUUUCGUGGUCAUCUUUGCCUCCUUCGCUUUAUACUAUCUGUUUAUUAUCAAGUACUUCAACCCUCUCAGGCAUAUAGCUGGACCUCCAGUUCGAACAUUGUUUGCAAACCAUCUUUCCGCGGUUCUCGAUCCCAAACGAACCCCUGCUGUACAUAAGCAUUUAGCUGAGAAAUACGGUCGUUCAGUACGCAUUCGUGGAGUUGGACCAUGGGAUGAUCGUCUGCUGACCUUGGACACUGUUUCGCUGAAUUAUGUUUUGAAGAAUUCGACUCUGUAUGAAAAGCCAUGGCAAUCUCGGCGGCUCAUUACGUCUCUCAUAGGAUGCGGUAUGCUCUCAGCCGAAGGCCAGAUGCACAAACGUCAACGACGUAUAGCUACUCCGGCUUUCUCUAACCAAAACAUGCGCGCGCUCAUUCCUCUGGUAUUCCAGAAAGGAGAUCAGUUGAAGAAUCGGUGGAUGGACAUAAUGAAUGCAGGUACAACAGAAGCUGCGACUGUGGAUGUUUGUCAAUGGAUGAGUCGUGCCACUUUCGAUAUCAUUGGUCUUGCAGGAUUCGAUUAUAAUUUCAACUCCAUUCAAGAUGAAUCCAACGAGCUGUUUUUGGCUUAUAAAGAAAUGUUCGACAAAGUCAUUGGGAAAAGUACCUUCUGGGGGACCUUGGCUUCGGUCUACUUUCCUACACUUUUCAAAAUCAUCCCCAACCAAAGGUCCCGCACAAUAGAGCGAUGUCAGGCUGUUAUUCGACGAGAAGCUGGUAACAUGAUAACGGAGAAGAAGCGGAAAAUUGCAGAAGGAAAUGAAACAGGCAAGGCAUAUCAGGGAAAAGAUAUCCUCACCCAAUUGUUAACUUCUAAUGCCGCCAUAGACAUUCCAAUUGAGCAGCGUAUCGAUGACGAGGAGAUGCUUCACAAUAUCAAUACAUUCAUGUUUGCAGGUUCUGACACCACAUCUCUUACUGUCUCCUGGAUUCUUUACCUGCUUACCGAGAAUCCCGAAAUGCAAGAACGCUUGCGCGCCGAGCUGUUAACAGUAUUACCUCCUACGGCUCCGACUAACCUUUCCGAAUUAACUGAAGAAGAGACACAAUCCCUGUACGCCGAAGUUUCUGAGCUCCCAUACCUGCACAAUGUCAUGCGCGAGGCACUGAGGCUGAUACCUCCGUUACAUUCAACUUUGCGUGUUGCAACUAAAGACGAUGAGAUCCCGGUAUCAUAUCCAGUGCAUCGCAGUGAUGGAUCGGUCGAUGAGAGCGCACAGAGCAUACAUAUCGCGAAAGGAACAUUCGUACAUGUGUCUGUCGAAGCGUUCAACCUUGAUCAGGAUGUAUGGGGAGAGGACGCUUGGUCAUUUAAUCCGGAUCGAUGGGAUGACCUUCCUGAGAAAGCUCGAGAGCAACCUGGGCUAUUUUCCAAUAUACUUUCAUUUUCCGCUGGGCCAAGGUCCUGUAUAGGCAUACGCUUUGCUCUGAUAGAGAUCAAAACGUUCCUCUUCGUCCUCCUCACCAAUUUCGUCUUUCAAUCAGGUCUCGACCCAAUCGAGAAAAUUAAUGUCGUUUUAACUAGGCCUUUUGUAAAAAAGCAGUUUAGUAAAGGGAGCCAAAUGCCUUUGAUUGUCAAACGAUUCGUACGUAUGGGGCAGGUCCCCGAAAUCUAA